UAUAUGGAUUUUCUAAACCACGUAAUCACCCAUUUAAUCACAGUCGCAUUCCUUGUCACCGCGAUUCUGAAUCGGUGGUGAUUCAGUCUAGAUUAGAGCAGAGCUACUUGGAGAAGAAGAGCUGAGCAGCUAUGGAUGGGCUGAAGUUGGAGCAGAGGCACGGCAAGGGGAGGGUCAGGGUAGGGAGGGUGUGGAGGGAGCCCAGCGGACGGCAUCAUAUCGUCGAGUGGAACGUCAGCAUCAGCCUUCUCUCCGAUUGUCUGACCGCUUACACACAUGGAGAUAAUUCCGAUAUUGUUGCUACGGAUACCAUGAAAAAUACGGUGUAUGCUAAAGCUAAAGAAUGUAAGGUUCCACUCUCAGUAGAGGAUUUUGCCAUCAUUCUUGGCAGGCACUUCACAUCAUUUUAUCCAAAGGUUACUGCUGCAAUAAUCAAUAUAGUUGAGAAACCAUGGGAGCGUAUUCACAUGAAUGAUCGACCACAUGACCAUGGUUUCAAGCUUGGAACUGAGAAGCACACAACUGAAGUCACAGUGCAGAAAUCUGGAGGUCUGAAGAUUCUAUCGGGUGUUGAAGGAUUGGCAGUGCUGAAGACAACCCAAUCUGGUUUUGAAGGAUUCAUCAGGGAUAGGUAUACAAUGUUGCCUGAAACACGAGAGAGAAUCCUGGCAACAGAGAUCAGUGCAUCGUGGAGAUACCCUUUUGAAAGUCUUGCAAGCCUUCCGGAAAAACAAUUAUAUUUCAUGGAGAAAUAUACUGAUGUGAAGAAAACUUUAAUCGAUACUUUCUAUGGCCCUACGAAAGGCGGAGUAUACAGUCCAUCUGUUCAAACUACACUCUAUCUCAUGGCACAGGCCGUACUUGCCAGGGUUCCGGAUGUGUCAUCGGUUCGGUUGAAAAUGCCUAAUCUUCACUUUCUGCCGGUUAACUUGUCAAGCAAAGAUAAUCCAGCUAUUGUUAAGUUUGAAGACGAUGUGUAUCUGCCGACAGACGAGCCACAUGGAACUAUAGAAGCAACUGUGAGCCGUGGGGGCUUACCGUCGAGGAUGUGAAAGUUGUGAAUAGAGAGAGAGGUAUGUAAAAUAAGCAGCCCCAACCCCUUUGUUAUGGAGAUAGUCUGUGUUUCGAGUGGGGGGACAAUUGCUUGGCAAUAAAAGAUUUGGUAAAUCCAGCAACUAA